AGAUUAGCUCAGCAGUUGAUAAACCGGGUCGUCGUCUAGUCAAAAUUAGAUUUUUAAAUAUUGAAUAUUUCCACUGCGAAGUUCAAGAGAUGAGUCCAGCGUUGUGUCUACGACUCUUCCACUACACUCAUCAUCAUUCAUCCACUACACUCAUCAUCAUUCAUCCAGAUCAAAGAGAGAAGAAGAAAGAAUCGAGAAUCACACCAGUCAUGGCUUCUGCUUCUUCCUCCGCGGCUUCUGCGCCCUCGUAUCACUUUCGUUCACAGGGACCGAUCUUUUCAUCGAAAGCUUCCUUUUCUGUUUCGACGGCUUUAGCGAGAAGGAGAGUGUUUGGAUCUGUCAAAGCAGCUCAAGUGACAAGCCAUGAGAACCCGAGACGACGCACUCAGAACGCAGAAGGCGACAUAUUUGUCGACAAUACUUGUAUUGAUUGCGAUACAUGUCGUUGGAUGGUGCCGCAAGUAUUCACCCGAGUGGACAACAGGUCGGCGGUUAUUAAACAACCAACCUGUAAGGAGGAAAGGCUGAGUGCUCUUCAGGCCUUGUUAUCGUGUCCGACGGGAUCUAUUCGCACUGAAACUCCACCUACUGACAUAGGGGGAGCUCAAGAGACCUUUCCACUUGCACUGGAUAUAGACGCACUUCCUGGCGUUUUUCAUUGUGGGUUUCAUUCCAAGAAAUCCUACGGAGCAACUCCCUACUUGAUCCUUCAUCAUGAGGGAAAUAUACUUGUUGACAGUCCCAGGUACGUGGAGAAACUUGCUGGAAAGAUUGCGAAGAUGGGUGGUGUUCGCUACAUGUUUUUGACUCACAGGGAUGAUGUUGCGGAUCACAAGAAAUGGGCAGAUCGAUUCAAGUGUACCCGAAUUCUGCAUUCUGAAGAUGUUGAACCUUCGACCUCUGAUGUGGAGUUAAAGCUCGAAGGAAGUGGACCAUGGAACCUCAACGAAGAUAUUGAGCUUAUACACACACCUGGUCAUACAAAAGGAUCAGUGUGCCUGUUCCAUAAGCCUCUCAAGGCAUUAUUCACUGGAGACCAUAUAACAAUGUACGAAUCUGGGAUGAGCAUUAUAGAGCAGUAUAAUCAUUGUUCAGUACCUCUCCAGCUCGAGAGCGUAGAAAGAUUGAUCAACCUAAAUUUCAAUUGGAUAAUACCGGGACAUGGAAGAAGAGUAUAUUUUAAAGAUGGAGAAGAGAAGGCCAAAAGUCUUGAAGGACUUGUUCAGAAGCACAGAGAGAAACAGCUUGUUUUUUCUAGCAAAUUCGGUAAUGCUUGAGAUACUCUGUAAUCGGAUACUAAACCAGUGAACCAAACUAAACCAGACCGAAUGUCUAUCUAUGAAAUUGGCACUGACACGUCAGCGAGUUCACACGUGGGUGAUGUAUUUGUUAACCUGCAUAAAAGAUUUAUAUAAUAGAAAUAAAAAUCGUGAGUGAUAUACUUUUAUGAACUAAUUUUAGCAGUGGAUUAGCGUUCGAAAUUUC